CACCGGAAACGGUGAAGUAAAAUGAUAGUAUUUAAGGAUUUCUUUGAAUAUACCUCGGAAAGAGAUACCAAUCCAAUUAAUUGAAGAUACCACUAUUCUGUACUAAUGAAUCCGAAAUUGAAAAUCAAUGCACGACUGCAGUGUAAUAAAGUUGAAAUUACUGAAGAUGGCUAAUAGGGUAUUGCAAUCAGACUUAAAGAGAGAUAAUCAUCGGUACAUUGAUCAAUAAGGAUACCAAGUGUGGAUCGAGAAGACACGACCAUCGUAUAAGACAUAUACAAGACGUAUGGGCAAAUAUCAAAUAAGUAACAAGAUCUGGUUUAAAGAUAUAACUUCACGCAACACAAUGUACUGAUAGAAUGGUUUCGAUUGAUGAUUAUGACAACAUUUAGAGAGAAUUCAAGGACGUAAAAUAUGAGAUUUGAAGUCGAAAUUGCCUCAAACAUUAGAUACCGAAAUAAGAAUGAAAGAACCAAACCAAAAUAUUGGAUCCUUUAGCGACUGGGUUACAAAGUUGUGUAAGAGGCACAUACAGGAGGAGCAUGGUAUCUCCAAUGAUGAAGUAGAACGUGUAGGCUUAAACGUAACUUUGAAGCCUUCAAUAGUUGGUUCCCCAAGAUGGCGUCGUCUUCUUACGGAAACAAGACGCUCGAUGGGCGAUAAAAAUAACUGCGCUGUUGGUACGUGGCAGAGAGGUGAUGGGAGUAAUCACUUGGAAAUUCGCUCAAUUAAGAUGAGAAUUCAUACAGGAGGUCAGAAAUCGAUUCUGCUUGAUUCCCUAACUCCUCGUUUCAAAAACGUGUAUCUAUAUGAUAAACAAGGAACCAGUGCCGUUGGACUACCAACAGGAGGCAAUUUCAAAGAAGGAAAGAUCCGACGAAAGAAUGAAAGAGAUAUAUCAAAGUCAUUAGAUGCAUAUUCGAAACAUAUCGUGUCUGCCCAGCCUGUUACGGCUCUCCACAAAAAAUGCGUUAAGGACAAACCAAUGUUAAAAUAUUCAGAACCAAUCAAACUGCCUGUUAUAGAUAUAGAGCCGGCUUAUGAUAAUGAUGACAUAGAAACCGACGGUUCAGAGGCAACAAAAGGAAAAACUUCCCAAACUAAGGCAACGGGGAAUGAAUCUUUGAGAAACAUAAACGCAUUAGAUGUUAUAUUUAUUACACCUAGAGGAUCACCGGAACCCAAGCAUGUAAAUGAAGAAGACAUUGUCAAACACGAACGUUAUGAAACUGAUGUUUUAGUCUCUCAUAAUAGCCCAGCGUUUGAGAUAUUUCCAGAAUCGGAGACACACGAUCGUAAUUUUCUCGAUGUUAUUUCUUAUGACUGCCCUGAUAACACCAACAACAGACCCGUAUCUCCUAUGCCAUCACAGAACAGACCUGACACAAUAAAGCUGUCCAACAUUACUCAAGUCUCAAGCUCAACUACAUGUGAAAGUAUACAAUCGGAGAGCAUGCCUGAUACGAUGGAACACCCGAACAAAUAUGACGUAACUCGAAACCUAUCCAAGAAAGCAACGUGUCUUACAAAAGAUAACGAAUACAAGGCCGUCAAGGCAGAGUACAAACGGAGGUAUACAGAUCCAAUCGGCCAUCAGCAACUCAUCUUAGAGGCCAAAAGUAUAUCACCUCAUAGACAGAAAGAAGAUUCGAGGAAAUCGAACGCCGAGACGAAAUUCACAAAGACAAUGUUAACGCCCAAGAAGGCAAAUGGAAAAGUGCAUUUCACGAAGAUUUCAAACCGUAGCUAUUCUUAUAAGACUGAUACUAACUCCUGUGGUCGAACCUCAAGCAAACUUAAACUACCUCCCAUAGAUAGACCGAGUACUAUUUCACCAAGACCAUUUGAUGAAGAAUCAGAGAAACAAUACAAAAGACAGAUAAAGAAGAAAGAUAGCAGACCAUACAAAAUGAGGACACAAGCAACCGUCACAAAUGCCGACCCGCUUUAUAAAGAAACAAUCACAGAUAUCGCUCAAAAUGACACACUAUUGGAUUAUUUUUCCCAUUCGGAUGAUGUUUUCAUCGUGAGAAAGCACUCGGGUAAACCAAAACGAAAAGGUUUCAAAGAAGGAAAACAAAAUGGGGGAAAGAAAUCAAGAAAAAUGAGAUCGUCCACAAAUUAUAAACGUACGUCUCCAGCUCAGCCUCCCACCCCACCCGGGACUCCCAUGCAUAGGUGCAAUGAAAUGCCGAUAUAUAUCCCGUAUGGUAAAGUGACCCCCACAGGCAGUCAGGCGUCUUAGCUGCAAUUAACAAUAUAUUUAAAUGCGUUCUCAUUAUAUUAUGAAUGUGG